AUGUCUACACUGUAUGAGCAAUUGUUACUUGGAGGGCACAUUGAAAGAUGGAAAACAGAGGGAUAUAAUUUUGAAAUAAUGGAUCAUCAUCGUGUUAAUAGAAAUGAAAAAGAUAGAAAUAAAUAUCACGAUGACAACUACUUAAGGCAAAAUGAGAAUAGAAUGGAAGGAAAUUGCUACAACCCAUCGACUAACCAAUAUAACAUGUAUGAACCAAGGAACCAACGACAAAAAUGGAAUCAACAACAGAGACAACAAUAUAGUGAAAGAAGCAAUAAUUACAAUGGAUUUAACAAUCGAAAUGGAAAUGAGAGUUUCAGAAAAAAUGGACAAAACAGGGACAUAGAUUCGCAGGAUUAUGGAAGAGAAAACUGUUAUAACUAUGAUCAGAAUUUUGACGAGUACAAUGUCGAGUACGGAAAUUCACAACGCAGAUUGAGAAACAGAUACAAAAGAUACAAGGAUGUCCAGGAUGGUUACAGUAGAGAUGAUCAUAGAGACCACAGAUAUGACAACUGCGAAGAGUCUUAUAUCAGCUUUAAUGAAAUAUUUUCUAAUAUUUAUAAUUCAAUCCGUUUGCAGAACUCGCUCACAAACCAAACUCUUUUAGAGGACGAAAAACAACUAAAAUAUGGUGUUUCAUCUUUCGCAAAUGAUCCACAGCUCGUAACAGAAAAAGAAGAAUCAAGCAACAAGAAAGCUAUUCAAAAUGGAGAAAAGCCUCUAGAGGAAGAACAAACAGCAGUGUAUAUGAAUCCUAUAAUAGAUACUUUGGACGAUAAAGAAGAUAUCAGCCUCAGUGAAGAAUUUUCAAAUAAGAAAAUGGUGGACUCAACUAGAAGAUUCAAUUUGUCAUUAGCGAAAAAUCAAACUCAUUUUUGUGACAGCAAAGUGUUCGCAGAAGAAGAAGGGAAUAAAAAGGAAUCCUUACAAAAGCCAAAUUCGGAAAGAAGCAACAAUAUAAGCGAAUCAGAAGAAAUGAGUGAAUUGAAGAAUUAUAGUUGUCAUGAUGACGAAAUUUCACAGCAAGAAAAUAAUAUUUCAAAAUCUAAAAUUAGUCAAGAACUAAACGAGACAAAACCGUAUCAAGAAAUAAGUGAAAGAACAAUGGAAGAAGAAGAACCACAAGGGUUUAACCUCAAAGGAAAUUCGAAACGCAAGUCAAAUACGCCUCACCUUGAAGAAAUCGAAAAAUUGCAUGACAAAACGUGGAGAAAAUUCGUAACAAAAGUUAACUGGGAGAGUUUAGGAAUAGGUUAA